AUGAUUGUUCUAAUCUUUUUAUUCUUAUUCAAUAUUCAUUUCUGUGAUGCUUUUAUUGUUGGCGGUUGUAUUGGUCCAAAAUCCGUAUUGGAAAGAUAUUUGAAUGACAAACAGAAAAUGAAUUUGAGGAAGAUGGUGCACAAUAAUUUUGAUGGAUCGAACUCUGAAAAGAUUCUGGAAAUGGCUAAUCGUUUUGUGUUUGGACAUGUUACAGAACAACAAUGGCACACAAUUGUUCCAGAACUUGCGGAAUAUCAAUCGAAAAAACAUGAAUGUUCGUUAUACGCUCAACUUCUACCCAAAACCCUCUAUCAACAACUUUUGGUGAGUGAAAUUUUCCUAAAAUUUUAUUUUCCCAAUUUGUAUUCUUCAUAGAAAUCAGUCCUCCGCGCAUCUGAAAUGGGUGCCUCAAAAUAUGAUGUGAAACGACUUGUAGAUGAUUAUGUUGAAAGAUUGGCAAAAGCUGGAGUUCUUCCAGAUGUUGUAGAAGAGCAAACUAGAAAUAUAGUAGUACCGGAAAGAAAUUCAGAUGGUUAUAGAAAUAUGCCACCAAAAAGACCGAAGAAACCAGUUAUGAAAAAAUUGAGUGUGUAAGUAUUUGGAAAAUACUAUUUUUGAAGAUAGAAGGAAAAAAUACGUGUAUAAUCAAAUUAGUUUCCAGGCACCCCAAACUAAUUUCAAGUGAGACCAAGAAUACAAAACCUGUCACAAGCUAUCCAGAAAGAGAGAUACCUGUGUUCCCAAUAGCCCGACCUUCUUCAUAUGAAUUAAAUCAGUAUGGUGGUUCAAGAAAUCGUGGUAGCAAUCAUAGAAAUCCUUCUCAAAGAUAUAACAACAAUAAUAUGAAUCAAAACUAUAACAUCAAUUAUAACAACAAUGAGAACUUUAAUAAUAACAACAACAAUAAUAAUCAAAUGCAUGAAUGUGAUUAUUAUGCCGGACCUUGUGCAACAUCAUUCUAA